AUGCAUACAAAAAAUGUCAUCAUAACUUACAAUACUGUUCCUCAACCAAACAAAUUCUCGAAAACAACAAACGGCAAUGGGCACGGUGCACGUAUCCAUCAUGCAAGGCAGGCAAAGAAGAUGGUUAAAGUAACAGUCUUAGACAAGAAUGACGAACGUCCAGUAUUCCGUGACUUACCACCCAGCUACAUGGUGUCAGAAGAUCUCGGAAAUGGUCAAACAAUUGCAACAAUCAAAGCAAUUGACCCAGAUACAAUUGGAAAACUCGAAUACUCAUUAAUAUCAGGUGAUGAUGGAAAAUUUACACUGGACAAGAGUCAAGGAACACUCAAACUACGCGAUACAUUAGAUCGCGAAACAAAAGACUUGUAUAAACUUCUUAUUCGUGUAACGGAUGGUGUGCAAUAUACAGAAACCACAAUUUCUAUACAGGUCUCCGACAGCAACGACAAUCCACCAGUGUUCUCCGAACAAGCCUAUUCCUUCGACAUUCCAGAAAAUGCACCACGAGGCUACCAAGUUGGACUCAUUACAGCAACAGACGCAGAUUUGGGUGCCAAUUCAAUGCUCACAUAUACUGUCAUUUCUGAUUGGGCGAAUGAUGUUUUCACAUUAAAUCCACAAACUGGCGUAUUUACACUGACAGCACGUUUAGAUUAUGAAGAGGUGCAGCAUUAUAUUUUAGUGGUACAGGCACAAGAUAACGGACAUCCAAGUCUAUCAAGUACAUUGACAGUGUACUGCAAUGUGAUCGAUUUGAAUGAUAAUGCGCCCGUCUUUGAUCCGAUGAGUUAUUCAAAUGAAAUUUAUGAGAAUGUUCCAGUCGGUACGGAAGUUAUCACGGUUAGCGCUACUGAUAUUGACUCAGGCGACAACGGUCGAAUUGAAUACAGCAUAACCUCAGGCGAUGAUGAUGAUUUUGAAAUCGUUUCAAAUGGAACCAUUUAUACUAAACGGCUGUUGGAUCGUGAGACAAAAAGUACAUAUAACUUGAUUGUUACAGCACGAGAUUGUGCUAAGGAUGUUGACAAACGACUUUCAUCGACUGUACAGGUCACAAUAAUAUUAAAAGAUGUAAACGACGUAAAGCCAAUUUUUAUAACACCAAACGAGACAAGUGUUAGCGAAAAUAUACCAAUUAAUACUGUCAUGAUGGCAAUCAAAGCAAUUGAUCGAGAUGAAGGCCGUAAUGGUUAUGUCGAGUACAUGCUCGAAACAAAUUCCUCGUCUAUGCCAUUUACGCUCGGCUCUGUUGACGGUUUACUGCGGGUCUCUGGUCGUCUUGAUCGUGAAACAAAGGCUAAUUAUGAAUUGACUGUAACCGCUAGAGAUCGCGGUGAGCCACCACAAAAAUCGCAAACUAAAAUUCUUGUGAGAAUACUUGAUGAGAAUGAUAAUAGUCCCGUAUUUGAUCCAAAGCAUUAUAGUGCAUCUAUUGCUGAAAAUGCAAGCAUUGGUGCAAGUGUGUUGCAGGUCUCAGCAACAGACAUCGAUGAGGGAUCAAAUGGACGUGUCCGGUUUUCAAUCGCGAGUGGUGACGAUAAUCGUGACUUUAGUAUCAGUGAAGAUACCGGUGUCGUACGCGUUGCAAAAAAUUUAAAUUAUGAACGUAAAUCGCGCUACGUCCUGACAGUUCGUGCGGAAGAUUGUGCAAGUGAUGUCGGUAGUGGCGAAACGCGUUUCGAUUCAGCUGAAUUGAUAAUAACAAUCACAGAUAUAAAUGACUGUUCACCAACAUUCUUGGACUCACCGUACCUGGCAUAUGUGAUGGAAAAUGUUAUACCAAAUGGCGGUUAUGUGAUUACAGUUAAAGCUUAUGAUGCCGAUACACCACCAUUUAAUAAUCAAGUGAGAUAUUUCCUUAAAGAAGGCGAUGCAGAUCUUUUCAGAAUUAAUGCGUCGACUGGUGAAAUAUCAUUACUACGAGCAUUGGAUCGGGAACAGCAAGCUGAAUAUACAUUGACUCUUGUUGCAAUGGAUACGGGUUCACCACCUCUAACAGGCACCGGCACGGUACGAGUCAUUGUGCAAGACAUGAAUGACCAUAGUCCAGAAUUUGAACGACAAUCAUAUCGAGCAACGGUAUCUGAGAACUUACCAGCUGGGACGAAAGUUUUGAGUCCAAUAGCACGUGACAAAGAUGCUGCACUUAAUUCCAAGAUUCGUUUUAGUCUCUUGGGCGAUAAAAUGGAGCGUUUUCAUAUUGAUCAGGAUAAUGGUGAAAUAACAACGGCUGUUGUGUUAGAUCGAGAAGAUACAGCAACAUAUCACUUUACUCUUAUGGCACAAGACUCAUCAGCAACAGAACCACGUGCUACAGCUGUUAACUUCACGAUAAAUGUUGCUGACGUGAAUGACAAUACGCCAUCAUUUGAACAAUCAUCAUUCACUGUCAACAUACCUGAUCGCAUAAAAGCAGGACAGUUCGUAUUCGGCGCCAAAGCCAUUGAUCUCGAUGAUGGCAUUAACAGUAAAAUCAUUUAUUCUAUAAGUGGCAAAGAUGCGAAUCGAUUUAAUAUUAAUCCCAAUACUGGUGUCAUAAAGGCAGCUGAGGAAUUGUCAUUGAGUGGACAGGGCAAUGAUAGAAUCUUCAAUGUAGUCAUUCAUGCCUCAGAUAAUGGACAUGAACCAAAGUCUACAAAAUGUGAGUUAACAAUUGACUUGAGAGCAGCACACUUGUUUCCAAUCUUCUCGUACUCCGAGACUCAAUUUAUGUUGUCUGAGGAUGUUCCUGAAGGCAAAAUAGUGACAAAGAUUGAGGCGACAUCGCCAAAGAAGGGACCGUCGGGAGUCAUUAAGUAUUCAAUUGCUGGCGGAAAUAUUAGAAGUGCAUUGAAAAUUGACCAGACAAGUGGUGAAGUAACAAUUGGUCCGGGACGUUUAGACUACGAGACAUCACAGCAAUAUGAGAUUUGGAUUGAAGCUGCCGAUUCGGAUAAGCCGAGUCUUCGUAGUGUCAUGAAAGUAACAAUUAACGUAACGGAUGCAAAUGAUAAUGGACCAAUUAUGGAAAAAAUGAUUUACUAUGCUGAAGUUAUGGAAGAAGAACCACCACCGCAAAUGGUUGCUCGUGUACAUGCAACGGAUGCUGAUAGUGAUGAGAAUGGACAAGUCUCUUAUCGUCUCGUCAAUGAUUUUGAGAGUGCUUUUGAGAUUGAUUCCGAUACUGGUGAAAUUUUCACAAACAUGCGAUUGGAUCGUGAAGAUAUUCCCAGUUAUGAACUAACCGUUGAAGCCGUUGAUCAGGGAAUGCCACAAAUGACUGGAAGCGCUACAGUAAUCAUUACAGUACUCGAUAAGAACGAUAAUCCACCACGAUUCACACGAUUGUUUAGCGUAAACGUAACAGAGAAUGCAGAAAUUGGUGUUUUUGUAAUUAAAGUGACCUCAUCUGAUUUAGAUAUCAAUGAGAAUGCAAAUGCAACAUAUAAUUUCACAGAAAAUCCGGGCAAUAAAUUUGCAAUUGAUCCAAUUAGUGGCAAUGUAACAGUUGCUGGGCGUUUAGAUCGUGAACAACAAGAUGAAUAUCUGUUGAAAGUUGUGGCAGUCGAUGGAGCGUGGAGGCAAGAAACGCCAUUAACAAUAACCAUACAAGAUGUUAAUGAUAAUGCACCGGAAUUUGAACACAGCUAUUAUAGUUUCAAUUUGCCGGAGCUGCAAAAGAACAUUGCCUUUGUUGGACAGGUUAUUGCGACAGAUCGUGAUAAGCAAGGACCAAAUUCUGUUAUUUCAUACUCACUACAACAGCCAAGUGACUUAUUUACAAUUGAUCCAGCAACCGGUGAAAUAUUCAGCAAGAGAACAAUUCAUUAUAAGCAUUCACAAAUGGAAUCAUCACCCGAGAACAUGUACGUUUUGACAGUCUUGGCAACUGACAAUGGUAAACCCCCAAUGUAUUCAGAAUGUCUCGUCAAUAUCAACAUUGUUGAUGCGAACAAUAAUGCACCAAAAUUUGAAAAACGAGAUUACCUCUCACCCGUACCUGAAGACGCAAAAGAAGGUCAACGUGUAUUGCAAGUCAUCGCAAAAGACACAUUGGACUUUGGUAUUAAUGCUGAAAUCGAAUAUAUCAUAACAGGAGGAAAUGGAAGCAAUCAUUUUGUCAUCAACAAGAAUGAUGGAUGGAUAAGUGUCAACAAGCAAAUUAAUGUCGGUCCUGGUGUUGUCUUUCAACUCUCGAUUCGAGCUGUUGAUCGAGGUGUGCCACCACAAUAUGAUGAUGUUACAGUAACAAUUAUUGUGGCUGGUGAGAAUCGAUUUUCACCCGUUUUUACAGCAUUGAGUUAUCAAGUCAUUGUACCUGAAAAUGAACCAAUUGGAUCAACAAUUUUAGUUGUAUCAGCGACAGAUAAUGAUGACGGUCCGAAUGGAAUGGUCCGAUACUCUAUCUCGGGUGGAAAUGAACGUAAGGAAUUCUCUGUUGAUUCGUUAACGGGAACUGUCACAAUUUUACAGCCACUUGAUUAUGACACGAUACAAGAAUAUCAUUUGAACAUCACAGCCGAAGAUCUUGGCUUUAAGGCACGAAAUGCAGUUGCGAUGUUAAGGGUGACAUUAACAGAUAUCAAUGAUCAAAAACCGGAAUUUAAUCAAACGGAAUAUCAUGCAUACUUACCCGAAAACUUACCAGCAAAAAGUUAUGUCUAUAAGGCGCAUGCAGUCGAUAAAGAUUCAGCGAAAAAUGCGAUUAUUCAGUAUACAAUAACUGGCGGUUCUGGUCGUGAUUAUUUCUAUAUUGAUUCUCAUAGCGGAACCAUCUAUUCAAAAGUCACAUUUGAUUAUGAGGAACAGAAUUUCUAUCAAAUUAUUGUUACUGCUUCAAAUCCAGACUCACCAAUGUUAAGCACAUCGAAAAUUUCAAUUCAUAUUACUGGAGUCAAUGAAUUCUAUCCACGAUUUGUACAGCCUGUAUUUCACUUUGAUGUGUCUGAAUCUGCUGAAGUUGGAACUAGUAUUGGUUCCAUUCAUGCAACUGACAAAGAUUCUGGUGAUGAUGGAAAGGUUUACUACUUACUGGUUGGAUCCAGCAAUGAUAAAGGAUUUAGCAUUAAUGCUGAGUCUGGCGUCAUGUAUGUCUCGAGACUUUUAGAUCGUGAGACUCAAUCUCGAGUUGUUCUUACUGUCAUGGCUAAGAACUUCGGUGGAAUACGUGGAAACGAUACAGAUGAAGCACAAGUCAUUAUCACAAUUCAGGAUGGCAAUGAUCCACCAGAAUUUGAUUACAGUCAAUAUGAAGCAACAGUAUCAGAAGGUGCCACAAUUGGAACUAAAGUUGUUACUGUAAAAGCAGCUGAUAAGGAUGUAAGACCACAAAAUAAUCAAUUUGGGUAUUCAAUCAUUGGCGGAAAUAUUGAUCAAGCAUUUAAAGUUGAUCCACAAAGUGGACAAGUUGAAACAUCAAGGAAAUUAGAUCGUGAGAAGACACCAACAUACUCACUUACAAUUGGUGCCAUUGACACUGGAAUUCCACCACAAACUGGAACAACAACAGUUAAAAUUCAGCUAUUGGAUGUUAAUGACAAUGGACCAACUUUCGAAGAAAAUAACUUGAUUGGAUAUGUGUCUGAGAAUGAACCAGCAGGUGCUAGUAUCAUGACAUUGUCAGCUACAGAUCCUGACUUGCCACCAAAUGGAGCUCCAUUCACAUACUAUCUUAUUGGUGGAAAGCAUAAAGCCUUAGUCAGCAUUGAGAAGCAUUCAGGAUUAAUGAAGACAACAAGAUCAAUUGACAGAGAAGUUACACCACAGUUGGAAGUAGUGAUUGAAGUUGAGGAUAAUGGAAAGCCUAAAAUGAGAUCACAUCAUAAAAUCUUGAUUAAUGUUUUGGAUCAAAAUGAUAGUCCAUCAUUGCCACGAGUUGCACAUGCUUUAGUUUACACAUUUAAUGACAAAAUUCCAAUGGGUAAAAUUGCUGAUGUCCAUCCAAAUGAUCCUGACUCGACUGGUGACUACAAAUGUAAAAUUAUCAAUGUAUCAAAGAGUUCAGUAGUGCUGACAAUUCCAGAAUCAUGCAAUUUACACACAACAUCAACAACAAAAGCACAAGGAUACUCAUUGUCAGUGUCUGGAAAUGAUGGAAAGCAUCCGGAUGUUAUGUCAACAAUUACUGUUGAGUUCCUGAACUUUGAUAAUAAUACAGUCGCUAAUUCCAUUACAAUUCGAGUUGACAACAUGACAUCAACAAAUUUCUUAGCAAAUUACUAUCGAAGCUUCCAAGACGUUCUAAAAUCAUCAAUGGACAAUGGUGAUGAAAUUUCACUAUACAGCAUUCGUGAAAUUCGUAAUGGUGUUGAAAUCACUGUAGCUGCAAAAUUCCUAUCGGGUUAUAGAUCAUCUGGUUACAUAACCGAACGAGUACAGAAGAAACGUGAAGCACUCGUGCAAUUGAUUCAAAAUAGAAAUCUUAUUAUGCCAUAUACGCCAUGUAAUUCAAAUACUUGUGAUAAUGGAGGCAUUUGUUCGGAAAAGAUAAGUGUUAGUGACGAGACGAGAAUUAUCGAUAGUCAAAAUUUAAUAUUCACAACACCAUUGAUAUCGCAUGACUUUAACUGUAAAUGUGCUGAUGGCUAUACAGGAAAUACGUGCGAAAAGAGACAAGAUCCAUGUGCACCAAAUCCAUGUCAGGCUGGUGGACAAUGUAGACGACACGGAUAUGACUUCCAAUGUACAUGCCCACCGAAUCGGGAAGGAAAAUUGUGUCAAUUAGAACGUGGAGAUGCCUGCUCAAGUAAUCCAUGCAAGAACGGCGGUUCAUGUCGAGAGAGUCCUGAUGGUUCAUCGUUCUUCUGCUUGUGUCGUCCAGGUUAUCGUGGCAAUCAAUGUGAAACAAUUGCUGAUUCAUGUAGGCCGAAUCCAUGCUUACAUGGUGGCUUAUGCGUGAGUCUCAAACCCGGAUAUAAAUGUUCAUGUACAGAUGGACGUUAUGGACGACAUUGUGAGCGCGCAACCUAUGGACUUCAAGAGCUUUCAUUUAUGCAAUUCCCAUCGCUCGACGCAGCCACAAAUGAUAUUUCAAUUGUAUUUGCAACCACCAAACCUGAUGCGCUCUUAAUUUAUAAUUAUGGCGAGCAAAGUGGCGGUAGAUCAGAUUUUGUUGCGAUGGAAGUUGUUGAUGGCAAGGCAAUAUUUUCCUUUGGCGGUGCACGAACGGCAAUAACAUCAAUUGUUGUUGGCGGUGAAUCAUUAUCGAAUGGAAGAUGGCAUAAAGUAACAGCCACGCGAAAUGGUCGCGUUAUGUCGUUAAGUGUAUCAAAAUGCACUGAUAACGGUGAUGUCUGUGAGGAAUGUCGUCCUGGCGAUGCUUCGUGUUAUUCCGAUGAAGUCGGUCCUACUGGGACAUUAAACUUCAACAAGCAUCCUCUGCUUAUCGGUGGUUUAUUAUCUGCUGAUCCCGUCUUGGAACGUCCUGGUCAAGUACAUUCAGAUGAUUUAAUCGGGUGUGUUCACAGCGUAUCCAUCAAUGGCAGAGCAUUAAAUCUUAGCAAUCCAUUAAAAUCAGCUGGUAUUUCAUCAACAUGCAAUCGCAAUAACAACGGUGGUCCAUGCUCACAAGGACAUCCUGAUGAUCCAGCUUUAUCACUAUGUGGCUCAUUCGAUGGCUGUUUGGAUCGAUGGCAUACAGCAAUGUGUAGAUGCGGCGGUGAUUUAUUAUCACCUGACUGCUACACCUCAAUCGAUCCUAUAUCUCUCGUUGACGGUGGAUUUAUUGAAUAUGAGAUAUCUGAGAAGCACAAACGUAUGCAAUUGUUGGAGAAUAUUUAUAGCGGUGCAUCGCUAUGGAACAUUGACUUGGGACGUCAAAAGAGAUUUUCAAUUAAGACUGACAACAUUUCAAGUUUGGCACAAGUUGAUGAUCCACCUAAAUCAAUGAGCGUAAAAUUCCGAACUGUCAAGUCCGAUGGUCUUUUGAUUUAUGCCGCAACAAAUAAACAUUACACCUCCAUUGAGUUAAAGAAUGGAAAGUUGCUAUAUAUCAGCAAGCAAAACACUCAAGUUAAUAUGACAUCACCGAAAAGUGAGUACCUGGCUGAUGGAAAAUGGCACAAUUUGACACUAUUUUCACACAAUCGUGUUGUCCAAGUGAUCAUCGAUGGUAGACUUUAUGGAGAUGAGUUAGAUUCAACUGGUGUUCAUGAUUUCCUUGAUCCAUACUUGACAGUCUUAUCAGUUGGUGGUGUUAGACGUGAAUUAUUCCCACAAGAUGCUACACCACCCUCAUUUGAAGGAUGCAUUGCCAAUUUUACAAUUAAUAAUGAAAUUCAGCCAUUCAAUGGAAGUGGAAGUAUCUACAAGCAAGUAUUGCAAAGAGGAAAAGUCUUCCUUGGAUGCCAUCCAUUGACUGGUUUAGCAAGUGGUCAAGUCACUGAUCCAUUAUCAAUUGGAAUUACCUUAGUCAUUGUCUUCUUUGUCAUUCUUCUUGUGGCAAUUCUCGCCUCGUUCAUUGUUUUUCGAAUCAGAAAGCAGCAAAAAGAGAAACAUGAUGCCGGUGCCUUGAAUAGUAAACAACAAAAUGGAACAUCAACCUUAUUAGGCGGCAGUGGUUUGGUAUCAGGUAGCGGUAGUUUAGACAUGUCUCGAGUUGGAUUACAUGUCGGUGACUUAUCAGGAGUCGGAUUUCAUUCUGAUUCCUCACAUCAUGGCACACAUCAUUUAGUUGCUGCUGAGUUAAUCUCCAAAAAGUAUAAGGAACGAGAAAUUAAUUCAUCAGAACCACAAAGACCACAGCGACCAGAUAUAAUUGAAAGAGAAGUCGUAAGUAAAAGUCCACCGCCUUUACGUGAGCUUCCAAGUCAAUCACAUCAUCCACAUGAUCAUUUAGCAAAUAUCGAUCAAGGAUCAGAAUUUCCAGAACAUUAUGAUCUUGAAAAUGCCAGUUCCAUUGCACCAUCAGACAUAGAUAUUGUUUAUCAUUAUAAAGGCUACAGAGAGGCUAGUGGCGUUCGACAUCAGAAAUAUAAAGCUGCACCCACCUCAUAUACACAUCAUAAGCAUCAACCGUCAGCAGCACAGCAACAACAUCGACAUUCACCGCAUCAUGUUGGACCUUAUGCUCCACGUGUCCCACCACAAACUAGUCAACCUCCAUCGGCAACUCCACCACGUCCACAUCAAAGCACUCCAUUAGCGAGACUCUCACCGAGUUCUGAGAUGAGCUCACAACAUCCAAGGAUACUUACGCUGCAUGAUAUCUCAGGGAAGCCACUACAAAGUGCACUUUUAGCAACAACAUCAUCAUCUGGCGGUGUCGGAAAGGAUGUAUUACACAGCAACAGUGAAAGAAGUCUCAAUAGUCCAGUCAUGUCACAAUUGAGUGGUCAAAGUUCUAGUGCGAGUCGUAAAACACCCAAUGUACCACCAAAGACACCAAAUGUAGUAUCAUCAAAUGUCCCAAUGGGUCUUACAGCUGAAGAGAUUGAAAGACUAAAUUCACGUCCACGAACGUCAUCACUUGUAUCAACACUCGAUGCUGUAUCAAGUAGUAGUGAAGCUCCACGUGUUCCUGGUCAACAUCUUAAUCAUCUACAUCAUUCACCAGUCGUAGAUAAUCAUAGUUCCACAUCAUCUGAUGAGAGUGGAAAUGAUAGCUUUACAUGCUCGGAAAUUGAGUAUGAUAAUAACAGCAUUAAUGGUGAUAUUCGUCCAAAACGAGACGAUGAAAGGAAUGGAAAUGAAAGUGGUAAUGCAAGUACAUCCAGUAAGCCACACAUUCCACCGCCAUCAUAUGAUGGAUUUGAUUCGUCCUUUCGUGGAUCACUCAGUACAUUGGUAGCAUCAGAUGAUGACAUAUCGACACACAUGGGUGGUAUUUAUAGACAGCCAAAUGGAGCUUCCCCAUCAGCAACAACUUUAGGAUGGGAUUACUUACUCAAUUGGGGACCAAAUUUUGAAAGUCUUAUGGGUGUUUUUAAAGAUAUUGCGGAACUGCCUGAUACAGUAAAUGUUAAUGGCGGACGAACAAUUCCCGGCUCAUUAAGAAUCCCAACAAGUGUACAAAAUCCAUCAGAAGAAUACGUUUGA